AAAGCGCGCGUAGCGGCGGUUGUAUUUUAACCGUUGGGGUGUAUGUUCGGGGGUGGUAAGUCGGCUGUUUCCGGGCGAAGCCGGUGGGCGCGGGAGGGUAGCUGCCGUGAGGCUCCCCGCUUUAGUAAAUAAAGGAAGGCCUCGCUGGCCUCUCUGACAUGCACCGAGGGCCGCCUUGCAUUCCUCUCCUCCCUGUGUGCCUUCCCCCGUAUUGCGCUGCUCGGCGGUGGCUUCCCUCAGGCUCUCCUGGAAAUGUCUUGCCUCACACUUCGCACACCGCAUCCAUGAGUGACCAGUGCUGCUUUCUUGAUUUUUAUCGGGGGGAAGGAAGUAGGGGGAAACUCGCCAGGAAGUUUGCUUUGUUUAUUGCGGGCCCAAUCGCAGGGCGAGGCAGUGGCAAAAUAGAAGACAAACAGCAGAAAAAGAGAGAGAUACUGGGGAGGACAAUGACAGUAAGUAAUUUUCGCCAGCCUCCUGGACGUUCCAACUGCUGACUUAGCUAGAGUUUGCUUGCCAAGACUUGAAAGGAAGGGAUCUAGCCGUGAAACAGCAAGCUGGAAUCCUCCUGUCUCAUGUGUGGUUCAAAUAUAGGAAGAGCUUCAGUUUUCAGACUGGGGCACCUACUAGUGGACAGGAUGAAGCCUACCAGCCUGCUGUUAGACUGAAACAAUAACAGCACAAGGAAUGUUCCAAGGGAAAUAAGUACCUCUUCAAUCAGAUAAUUUGCUUUCCACCAGCGAACUCCAGAAGUAGUGCCCUGUUCAGAGAUGUCAACAAGAAAACUGCCAGGAGUGUUUCAUCCAUUCGUAGCACAUUUCCUGGGAAAAGCAGGAAUGUGUGACUGCUUUUGUUCACUGGUGAAAAUGCCGUUUUGAAAAAGGUUUAACAGAAUGAUCCUGUGAAUUAUCUGAGUUAAGCUGCAGUGACUACAGAAUUGUAAUCAAAUUUCUGUGAGAAGAUCAAAAAUCUGGAAUACAUAUCAGAGAUCUUGGGCUCCUGAUUUCAAGUGGAAGCAUUCAUGAUUGUGCGUGUUUUGCCAUCACUUCAGAAAAAAUGCCAGAUGUGAGCAGAAGCUGAUGUCCAAAGUGCCAAGUAGCAGUGAACAUCCAGAUUUGAAUAAUAUGAAAAUCAUAAUAUUUCAGCAUAGAAACAUGACUGAAAAAUUUCAUUGGUGAUGUUCAUCUCCUUGUCUUCAUGCAUUUCAAUAAACCUGGAUAUUUAACUAAAAGUUAACAAACACAGCUACGUUUUAGAGACAAUAGUACCCUUUCCCUUAAGAAGUCUGAUGCUGUUGAAGCAUGUUUCCCAGGUUCACUGUGACUCUUUGCUAGGGACCAAAAAGUAAUAAGGAACAUCCCAUAAAAGUCACAUUGGGUAGAAAUGGCUGUUGAACACCAUAGUGCUUUGGGCUCUUUAAAACACAAACUGUACCAUUUAUUAAGUCUUUCAGUUGUAUGAAACAUUUCAGUUUGUAAUGUUUUAUUAGGGAUUACUUAACCACUUUCCAAAUCAGUAGGAUGGAAUUUUUUAUUGGGUAAUUUGUAUGAAAUAUUAAUAUUGCUACCCUUUAAUGAAUUAUUUGAAAAAUGAAGAUUAUAAGUCACAUUUUAAGCACCGUGUGUUAAAUGAACUAUUAUAUUUAUUAAAAUUUUCAUAAUCAAAAAACUGAAAGAACAGCAUGUCUGCAGCACCUCAAAUUCAUAUUUUCUUUGGUGCACCUAGCCUCCCAGCCUCAUUAAAGACUUCUAAAGAAGAGAGGUUUUCAGCAUCUACUGCUGAAAAAUGGCAGAAACUCUACUUUUCAUUUCCUAAGGACACUUUUAAUCUUGGUACUAGAAAAUGUAUGUUUCUUGAACAUGUAGAUCAUCGGACACCGAAUGAUACAGAAUUGACUGCUCAGUCCAAAGAUGACUUCCCCCCAGAUGGUGGAAAAGAAUAUGGGUUGACUGAUGUUAUUUUGACAGACUGUAGAGCUGGUGCUGGAAGGGUAAAAUUACUCAGCAAUGAAGCUAAGCAACUUCCAUAUCAGCAGCUUCUCACUGAUAUAAAAACAGGUGAACCAAGCAAGCAGUCUGAAGAUGCUGAAGAAGGUACCAGUAAGAUGCAUAACCACCUUACUAUUCUUCCCUUGGCUUCUAGUACCGAAAAGUUUAGCAGAGGUCUGGAGUCUAUAGGACAGGAUGAUAAACCAUCCGAUGUUCAGUGUGCUCAUUACCAGCUCUUGAAUCAAUACUCGGAGGGAUGUUUCCCACAAGUAAUGAAAGAAUCAAAGACUGGAAAACCACUAAAUGUCUAUUCAAAUCUUCCAGUUUCAACAGACACUGAAUUCCUUAGUAUUCUGACUUCAAGCCAAGUUGCUCUGCUUUCAGGAGGGCAUGCUGUAGGACAAAAUGAAACACAAAGCAAAUCUACAAAGGCGAGUGGAACAGAAUUGGAUGGACUUUGUAGGGAAGAUGAAGCAUCCACAGAGCUGCAUAUUCAGUUAAAUGAAAGUGGUGGUUUGUGUGCAAAUAUCACUGAUACAGAUAGCUCUCUUGAACUGUUUGACUUUGAUAGUACCGUGAAAAGCAACUCGUAUUUGAGAGAAAAUAGCUUUCAAGAAAAUGCUGAUAUGCCUACAGACCAUUUGUGUUCAUCUGAUGAUAAACCUAAAAAAGAGGUACAUCAUAUUGAACCGUGGAAGAAAGGAAUAUUGUGUUCUCAAGUCAGCCACUCUGCUAAAAGAUCUCAAACAUCUGAAGAUAUUUCACCGGCAACUUACAUUACACUUGGAGACCAACAGCAAUCAAAGAAAGCCAAAUUGAUUUGUUCUCCAGUUUGUGCAGUUCCACAAAUAGAGCAACUGAGAAUUUCAGGGUUUAAGAAAGUUUUGAAACAGCCAUCCCUGCUUAAAGACUGUUUAUGCAAAGGUCAGAAGUACACCGUCUUGGUCACAGUUCUACAUCCUUGCCAUAUUAAAGAAAUACAAACAAAGCCAGGAUCUAAAUUGUCCUCAAGAGUCCCCCUAGCCACAGUCGUAGUUUUUGAUCAGUCUGAAGUACAACGAAAGAUUGCAUUGUGGAGAGCAGCAGCAUUUUGGUCACUUACAAUGUUUCCUGGCGAUAUAGUACUAUUCACAGAUGUGAUUAUAAAUGAGAAUCGCUGGAAUGGGGAAAUAUUGCUGCAGUCAACGUUCACUAGUCGGUUAUUGAAUCUUGGAAGCUGCUCGACUAUUAAUCCGAACAAAUUCUCGCAUAUAGUGGAUGUUAAUAUUCUUCAGGAUUUGCUGGCAUAUGUGUUUUCCAAGCAAGCCUAUCUUCAAGCUCUCCCCCAAAGGCAGACCCAGACUUUGAACAAUAUACAAUAUAUUCAACUAGAUCAACUCAAACCAGAUAGAUUGGUGCACGCAAUAGUGAAAAUUAUCAACAUCACUGUGCUAUCAGAAUCUACAUACAGUUACAAAGGAGAAACAAAAAGAAAAAUUAUUUUAACAGUGGAACAGAUGAAGGACCAGCAUUAUGUCUUGGUGUUAUGGGGCGCUCUAUCAGCUCACUGUCCUCAGCUUCAAAGGAAAAGAGACCACAUAUGGGAAUUCAAAUACCUAUUUGUAAAACACAGUCCUAUCUCUGGUGAACUCGAAUUGCAUACAACACCAUGGACAUCUUUGGAGUGCCUCUUCGAUGAUGAUAGAAGAGCUAUUGAGUUCAAAGAGAAGUUUCAGAAGGAUGUCAGAUCACUGAUGGGUGUAACUACUCUUGCUGCACUUCUGGAGGAAAAAUGUUCUGGAAUGAUCCAAGUGAAAGCCUGCAUCUCAGAGUUGAAGUUUGCUGUUGCCUCUUCUCCACAUGGACAACUUGUCUUUGAUUAUAAAACUUCACUGCAGCAGAUAUUUGCUUCUCUUACUCAGAUCACCUAUGCGGGCUGUGCAAAAUGUGGACUUGAACUACAAAUAGAUGAUAACAAGAUCUACAAACAGUGUGUUAGCUGCUUACCCUCUAAUAAAGUGAAGAUAUUCUACAGACCUGCACUGAUGACUGUAGAGGAUGGGAAAUGUGAUGUGUCCGUUCAAGUGGCGUCAGAACUAAUGGAGAAAAUGUUCCUCAAUAUUCCAGCAGAGUGGCUGAACAAGGCUAUAGCGCCUUCUUUAGAGACCACAUACGGCAUGAUAGUAGCAGAUCUGUGUCAUUCGCUGCUCACAGACACACAAGCAUCCUAUAUUUUGGAAAUCAGGAGCCAUUUUGUACUGGAUGAAAAUAGCUACCCUUUGGAGAAGACUUUCAAUUUGCUGGAUUUUCAUCUUGAUCUCUGAAUAUAUAUACUGAAAUGAAAUAUUUAUUUUUAAUCAUUUAUAAAAUAUCCCAGGUUUUGUAUUUUUAUAGAUACCCUUUGUAUUAUUUAUGAGCAGCAAUUAUUUCUGUGCAAGAUCCUUCUGGUAAUUAUUAUGAAACUAGCUUUUGUGACUAAUAUUGCUCUUGCCAUUAUUUUUCUUCUAGAAGAAAGAUUAAUUAUUGGGGUAUUUUGAAAACAUCCAGUCAACAUUUUAAAUGUCUUACCUAAAAAGCUGUUUUCCCUACUCCACCUUUCCAUAUGAACCCCAAUUUUCUUACCAUUUUUUUACCAUUGUACAGUGAUAUUUAUAAUAAAAUUCACUUUUGAAAGUA